UUCUUUUCAGGUCCGCGGUUGUGCCUGUGAAGUGUUAUGCUGUGUUGUACACUUCGACAUCGCCGUGCGCUCCUUCUAUUCUGGGUGGACUCGUCACACUGGGCACCCUAACCCGUACGCAGCCCCGCACUGGACGAACUGCGGUGGUCAGCGGGAAUCUGACGGGAGAAAUUCCACAAUCACCUUUGAAGUUCGUUUACUAAGAGUUAUUCGAAAUUGUGCCGCGGACUUGUCCAGCCAAAGUGAAUAAUAUCCGUUAAUCCAAAGCAAACCAAAUAAAACUGUAACCGUCAUUAUUACAUGUACUGAUGCUUCGAUUUCUUUUAACAUUCUCAGGCUAUUCAAGCUCGUGUCAAGUGUGCCCUGUCUUUUUAAAACGCAAACCCACAAGGGGCACAAGCUUUAAUAUUCACUGACCAUCUCUAACGAACAUAUUAACCGAGUGAUCCUGUCUGACUCCACGUAAGCCAGAAGGUCAACACCAACACAAGCACAGCCAUCAGUCCUGUUACUGGUCAGUCCAGCUGGAGACAUCCAGGAGUAGAAGCCCUAAGCAGCCUCAGGAUACUCUCUGAUGUUGGUGUGUCAUCAGGAGGCAGCUGACCAGGAACAAACUCCAUAGCAUAGGACAGUUGUAGGUCAUCUAGUGAGAGGAGACACAAUGAGUUAGCAGAAUAAACAGAAUGGAUGCUUACAGGAGGGACAAGUGGAGAAUCUACAGCCUGGAGAUAUGAAGGAGUGAGGGGGCAGAGCCAUUGUGGGACCUGUAAGACCAGGCAGACAAUGGAUGAGAGGAGAGCACACUGAGACAGUUUCAUGAACAGAGACAUCCAGAUGAAGUUCUCACUUGUCCUUUGUGUGCCCCUAAGUCACCGGUCCAAGUUCUUUCAGCUGUCCACUCAUUUCCUAAAACACUUUGUUUUUAUGCCUCACAAUUUCUCCAUGCAAGUGCCCCAAUCUUUUAUGUUUUUAAAUCCCCAAACUUUUACAACCUUUUUGAGUUAAAUAGCAGAUAUUGGUAAGGUGAGGUGUUACAUUCAGUAAAGUAACGGCACUUUGUUUUAGUUAAUAUUACUGUUAGUCAUUUUGCAAUGAAUGACCCACAGAUCACUCGAGCAUCAAUCAAUACGACACACCACACACGUCAGUGUCUGUCAACACCACACCACUUUUACACUGAAAACUUUUAAAACUGAAAAACAAUGAAAUAGCAUCAGGUUUACAAAUUAAUUUUACUUCACAGAGCGCAUUUCACAGUGAACAACAUCCAUGAGGGUUUCUACAGAGGUAACCUUAUGUUUUUUUUUUUUUUCUUUUUCUUCUUCUGCUUGGGGCUGCUGAGCUUCUUCUUGGUUCACCUUCUCUGGACCAGGCCAUGGUGUGAUUUGGUCAGAGAAACAUUAUCUCCAUAACAUCUCAGAUCUUGAUCUGUUUCACCUUUUUAUGGGGUAUGUAAGCUGUCCUGAACCUGAAGUCACCAGUGAGGCCAUUUCCAAAGCUUUAUCUGUGACAGGGUCACUGUGUUUUCCAUCAAGCCCCGUUCUUCUGAGAGGUCACAUUAAGUUUGGCAAAAGGAGCCCCCAAAGAAGACAAACUGCCAUUCAGAUCACAAAAUCAAAAGAUGAGUGAAGACAACUUGUGUAAGAAAUUUGUGUCAAUGACCUCCAGGAAAAGGAGAUGUGAUGAAGACAUGGACGCUCUGUCUGGUUUAACACAGAAGUUUCCUAAAGUAAUAAAAAAAUUCUCUCAUGAGGAUCUCCUCAAGAUCACCGAGUUCUACAAGCCCCACCUGGCUUAUGUGAUUGAAUACGACAUUACGAGUAUCCUGCAGAACCUGGUCACCAAGAACAUCCUCACCAACAAUGAGGCCAAGAGAUUCAAAGCCAAAGAAGAGUGUGAGGGGCAAGCAGGUGUGGAGUCCUUCAUCAGUGACCUAAUGAAGAUGGACAAUGUGGUACUGGUGAGCCUGUGGGAAGCACUGGCUGAAGAGCUUGCGAGAUUUCCGUCGCCAAACAUGACAAGAAUACUGAAGGAGGUGACAGAGGGCGGACCAGACCUCUUGAAGGACAUUCAGGCCAGUCUCCAGCCCGCUCUCAUUGAUGCUCGUAAUAAAGGCCUCCAUGAGACACACAGAGAUGGUGUGUUUGAAUCUACAAGAACUUUGGAGGAUCAGGCAUCUCCUGGUGAUCCACGUACCAGGUCUGUGGGCUUUGAGACUCGAUACACAGAGCUGAUGGUCAUCAAACAGUUCAAAAGAUCUUACAGUGAGAGACACCAUGAACUUGUGAAGAUGGGGAGAACUCAUGCAAAGCUAAUAGAGGAGCGGACAAAAGAGAAAUGUGAGCGAAUCUGGACUGAGCAGCUUUUUAGUAGGAGUCCUGGAAGUGAGACUGCCCCUCACAUUGUAGUGGUCAGUGGGGUGGCUGGAAUUGGGAAGACCACCAUGGUCCAGAAGAUUAUGUUUGACUGGGCCAGAGGCACUCAGUAUCAGAGAUUUGCAUUUGUGCUCCUGUUUAAAUUCAGGGAGCUCAACCUACAGCCACAGAUGUCUCUGACUAAGCUGAUUGAAAGCCACUAUAAAUAUCUCAAUGACCUGAGACUGAAGGAACUCCUGCAGAAACCUGAACAGAAACCUGAAUCUCUCCUCUUUAUAUUUGAUGGUCUGGAUGAGUACAAACACAAACUGGACUUCACACAAAGGCAGCUCUGCUCAAACCCAGAUGACUUCUUUCCUGUCCACAUUUUGGUCUCCAGCCUGGUCAGAAGGACAUUACUGAAGGGCUGUACAGUCCUGAUAACAACCAGACCAACAGCCCUGGAGUCCCUGGACAUGGAGAGAGUUGAUCGAUUUGCAGAGAUCCUGGGGUUCUUCCCUGAACAAAGGCUGAUGUACUUUAAGAAGUUCUUUGGUGAUGCUGAUCAGGGCUCUGAGGCUUUUCAGUAUGUGGAGGAGAACGCCAUCCUGUACACCAUGUGUUUCAACCCCUCGUACUGCUGGAUUAUCUGCUCUGUGCUGAAGAGCCACUUCAUGACACCUGAAGAAGAGCAAGGAGCUGCCCCCAGAACUGUCACUGAGCUCUUUGUGAUGUUCCUUCACAACAUCCUCACCAAUCACAAGCGAGAAGACAAAGACCAGCGAGAGAUUCUGGUCAAACUAGGAAAGAUGGCUUAUUAUGGGGUGGUGAACAGAACUCUUGUGUUUUAUGACAAGUUUGAGAUGUCCACCUUUGGUCUCCAGCCAGUUCUGUCCUCUCCAUUCCUCUCAGGUUUCCUCAAAGAAAUCCUUCAGAGUGAAAGCACUCUGGAGCACACGACAUACACAUUCUACCACCUCACCCUACAGGAGUUCAUUGCUGCCUGCUCCUUCUACCUCGAUCCAUCAGGGGGUGUGGAGGAGCUGCUUGAGAAGCUGGAGUCAUGUAAAGAUGGCCGGUUUGAGAUUCUUACUCAAUUUUUAGCAGGACUGGCCAGGGAUUCUGUGUUUAAAACACUGGGGGGAGUCCUGGGGAAGUUUGAGAAGAAAACAGCAAAGCAGAUACUGGAGUGGGUGAAAAAGAAAGCUGAACAGGCACUACGGGAACGAGAUAAAAGUGAAGCUCUGCGAGUGUGUCAGUGGCUCUUUGAGACUCAGAAUAAGACAUUAAUCACAGAUGCCAUUGGGAAGGAUUUAAAAAUGGACUUUAGUAAGAUGACUUUAUCUCCUCUGGACUGUGCUGUGCUGGGCUCUGUCAUCAGCUCCUGUGGAGAACUUGAGGAGCUCAACCUGACAUACACACACCUUACUCCAGAGUGCAUCAUGAGACUGGCGCCGGGGCUCAUCUGCUGCAGACGUGUCAACCUGAUGUCAUGUCAUCUCACCACUGAAUGUUGCACAACUCUCUCCUCAGUUCUUACUGCUGGACACUCACGACUGACUGAGCUGGACCUGAGUGGAAACGACCUGGGGGAUUCAGGGGUGUCUGAGCUGUGUAAGGACCUGAGGGACCCAAACUGUAAAUUAAAGAAAGUGAGCCUGGAGUCAUGUCAUCUCACCUCUGGAUGUUGCUCAGCUCUCUCCUCAGCUCUCUCUGCUCCACACUCACUACUGACUGAGUUGUACGUGAAAGACAAUGAACUGAAGGAUUCAGGAGCGAUUGAGUUGUGUGAGGGGCUGAGGAGCAAACACUGUAAAUUAGAAAAACUGAGCCUGGCCUCAUGUCAUCUCACCUCUGGAUGUUGCUCAGCUCUCUCCUCGGCUCUCUCUGAUGAACACUCACAGCUGACUGAACUGGAACUGAAUCAGAAUGAACUGGGGGAUUCAGGAGUGACUGAGUUGUGUGAGGGGCUGAAGAACAAAAACUGUAAAAUAAAGAAACUUAACCUGUGGUCAUGUUCUCUGACCUCCAGAUGCUGCUCAGCUCUAUCCUCAGCUCUUUCUUCUCCACACUCACCACUGUUUGAGCUGGACCUGGGUAUCAAUCAACUGGGGGAUUUAGGAAUGACUGAGCUGUGUGAGGGCCUGAGGAGUGAAAACUGCAAAUUAGAGAAACUGAGCCUGUGGUCAUGUCAUCUCACCUCUGGAUGUUGCUCAGCUCUCUCCUCGGCACUCUCUGAUGAACACUCACAGCUGACUGAACUUGAACUGAAUCAGAAUGAACUGGGGGAUUCAGGAGUGACUGAGCUGUGUGAGGGGCUGAAGAACAAAAACUGUAAAUUAGAGAAACUGAGUCUGUGGUCAUGUCAUCUCAUCUCCGGAUGUUGCUCAGCUCUCUCGUCUGCUCUUUCUGCUCCACAUUCACCACUGCUUGACCUGAACCUGAUGGGCAAUAAUCUAGGGGAUUCCGGAGUGACUGAGCUGUGUGAGGGGCUGAGGAGUGAAAACUGUAAAUUAGAGAGACUGAGCCUGUCUAAAUGUGGUCUCACCUCUGGAUGUUGCUCCGCUCUCUCGUCGGCUCUCUCUGCUCCGCAUUCACCACUUACCGAGCUGAGCCUGAUUGAGAUUCACUUGGAAGAUUCAGGAGUGGCUGAGCUGUGUGAGGGGCUGAGGAGCACAAACUGCAAAUUACGGAAAUUGUGGGUGUUCCCUUUAGAGAACACUGAGAAUGUGAAAAGAAACCUGAUGUCACUACAGGAGGAGCUGAUCAGAUCAGGACGGCAGAUAGACAUCAGUGUAUGAGAAGAGCAGAUUUGUGACCAAACAUUGAUGGCGCCCCUUGUCAGCUCAUUUCCUCUACUGAAGGUUUUGCUUUGGACUUUCUCCAACUUUUAUUUUUUCAAUUUUGACUUGAUUUGUUCCUAAGGGAAUUGAAUGAAUAAAUACUUUAAUGGAUAGAUACUCACACACUAUGGUCUGAACGCACUCUAGAAUGACUAAAAAGCAAGGAAAAUUUAAAAAGAAGAAAACCUCUGACUUGACAGUCCCAGUCACAAGUGGUCUUAUUCAGGCAUAUCACUGUUGGUAUAAAGAAGCCCCCGCAGCAUUUCAUGACACACUUUGGCUGAAUAAUUUGUUGGCUGAAAGUCUUCA